UCGUCUUGCACUAACCAAACGGUCAAAUGGCAGAUAAUAUUUCAAGGGAGAUGAGCAUAUUCUUCCAACCCAAAUUCCAUUUCCUCAAUGGCGCUUCAAUCCAUAAUUUUCAUCUUCUCAGUCCCAUAUGUCUUUGCCGAUGCUGCCGUCGCCACCACAACCACCACUAAAACGGCAUACGAGAUUCUUGAAGAAUACGACUUCCCCGUCGGUCUCCUCCCCAACGGGGUAACAGGCUAUAAAUUUAACAGUUCCACCGGUAAGUUCAAGGUCUACUUGAAUGGUACUUGUACUUUCACCGUUGAUUCAUACAAGCUCAAGUACAAGUCUACCAUAAAGGGUGUGUUAACCAAAGACAAACUCUCAAGUUUAAGUGGUGUGAAAGUGAAGGUAUGGUUUUUUUGGCUUAGCAUUACUAAAGUCACCCGUGAAGAUGAUGAGCUCGAGUUCUCGGUGGGGAUCGCUUCUGCUGAUUUUCCGGUCAGUAAUUUUAAUGAGUGUCCCACUUGUGGGUGUGGCUUAGACUGUGUCGACGUGAGUGAAAAGAAGAGCAAAUUCAAUCCUUUAAUUAAACAAAAUUUUGAGGGAAUUGAAGAAAUUGAGAAAAACCCAACUGAUUAGCAGUAAAACCAGAGUGAUUGUGGUCCAUGUACUAUUAGAUAAUAUGGAGCAUAUUUAUCUGUCUGGAGUCUGUGUAUCUUAAGUUGUGUGGCUAUCAUCAUCACCAUCAUAGAUCAAUAAAUUUUAUUGAAGUUAA